UACUUUAUAAAGCUAUAGCUAAGGCCAACAUAGACUCCAUAACUCAACCUCUGUACAUCUUCCUCUCUAUUCUCUCCUCUUCAAGCAAGUAAAAGUACAGAAGAGAGAAAAGCAGCCUAUCAGCAUCUAUGGGUCGAGGAAAGAUAGAGAUCAAGAAGAUUGAGAACCCCACAAACAGACAAGUUACCUUCUCAAAGAGAAGAGGAGGGCUCUUGAAGAAAGCCCAUGAGCUUGCAAUUCUCUGCGAUGCUCAGGUUGGGGUUAUUGUCUUCUCAAGCAGUGGCAAGAUGUUUGAGUACUGCAAUCCACCUUUAAGCAUGCAUCACAUUAUCGAGCGAUACCAGAGAGCCACCAACGUUCGUUUCGAUGAUAUUGAGACUCAUCAUCAGCAAUUGUUCUUGGAGAUUACAAGGAUGAGAAAUGAAGCUGACAAGCUCCAAGCAAGUAUGAGGAAGUUCAAUGGUGAGGACUUAACCACUUUAACUCUUAAUGACCUGAACCAACUUGAAGAUCAAUUAGAGUACUCGCUUAACAAAGUUCGAACCAGAAAGCAUCAACUGAUGCAUCAGCAACUAGAUAAUUUGCGUCGCAAGGAGCACCUCUUGGAAGAUCAAAACACGUAUCUGUAUCGUGCAUUAUCCGAGCAUCAGGCAUCGAUGGAGCAUCAAACUGCAACUGAUCAUAAAGUUGGGGAGAUUGCGAUGCUGGAGCAUUUCGGGAAUCUGUAUCAAGAAGAAGGGCCAAGGAAUGUGCUGCAGCUUGCACCCCAGCUGCACACCUUUCGGCUGCAGCCCAUGCAGCCGAACCUGCAGGAGGACAGCCUGCAGGGAAGUGGGCUUCAGCUCUGAUCACAGAGCUCCUAGAGAGAAGAAGACGAUCAAUGGAAGCUGUGAAGACUUUCUCUAGCUAUAGAGUUACUUUUAUCUAUAUACAAAAAUAUCUAUAUAAGAACUUUGAGUUUGAUGACUAAAACGUCUUUUCCUCUUUGAAUAUGUGGCCUGGGGUUUGGGGACUUCAUACAUUUGGUUUGUUUAUUUGCUCGGUUUGUUAUGAAA